AUGCUUUACAAAAGCUCUGCAAGUCAUUUCAACAUCCACUUGUCGGCCCCUCUACGGAUGCAGUACAUUAGAAUCCAUGAUCCAAUGCCUUGCGGCAAUUUGCUGCCCAGAAACGCCCGAGGCCAGGGCGAAUCGAGGGCGUGUGCAGGAGACCGACCCAUCGCAAUGCAAAAAGCAAAAGCACAAGCAAAAGCGGCAACGAAGGAUUUUCCAUCAAGCGACAUCUUUCUUGGGCAAAGUUGUUCUCCAUGCAGCAGCAGAAGCUCCAAGCACUCCCAGCCGCCGCCGCUGUUGACCAACAACCCGUCACCGAUGCUCGUUGUUGGAUCACUUGUCAACUUAGACGCGCGCUUUGGAGGGGGCGGCGAAGAACAGCCUACUUCGUUCGUCCUGCGCAAAUUGGCGAUGCACUGCAAUUGGGGGGCCCGCCAUGCAGCCCGUUGA